AAGGACGCUCGAGGUCCCGGCGCUCGGACCACCGUCAACCUCCGCGGAGCUGCGUCACGUGGUGAAAUCUUGGCGUUGAUCUGGAUCGCGAAACUUUUUUGUGCCGAUCGACUUGGAGACGUUGAGACAUUCAACCACCUGGUGGACGAGGGCAGCUUCUCUCGCCAAAAUGAAGAUCUCCAACCAGGCCGCUGUCCCCGUCUAUACGAUCUCGGGGUCAAAUACUGCUCGACCCCUUCCAGAAUGGCUUGCGCGGCGGCGAAAGCGCAGCUUGAAGAAUGACCCGGAGUAUGCCAACCGAGUUGAGCUGCUGCAAGACUUUGAAUUCGAAGAGGCAAGUCAGUGCAUCCGGGUGAGUGAGGAUGGCCAGUGGGUUAUGAGCACAGGAACUUAUAAGCCACAAAUUCAUACACACUACCUCCCACAUUUGUCGCUUUCGUUCGCUCGUCACACCGUCUCGCUCAAUACUACCUUCCUUCUUCUCUCGUCUGAUUACUCCAAAUCUCUGCAUCUCCAGGCGGACCGGUCUCUGGAGUUUCACACUCCUCAGGGAUGCCAUUACACGACCAGGCUGCCCAGAUAUGGUCGCGAUCUGGUGUUCGACAGACAGUCAGCAGAAGCUCUGGUCCCGGCUGUUGGUGUCAAUCAGGAUAACAUGGGAGAGGUUUUCCGUCUGAAUAUGGAGCUGGGAAGAUAUAUGCGAAGCUACGAAGUUGAUGUCGGCGGUGAUGACUACACAUCUGCUGGAGGCGGUACCUUACAAGGCGGUAUCAACACGGGUGCGGUUAAUACUGGUGCUGUCGCGGAGGAGAGCCACAACCUGCUCGCCUUCGGUACUUCUCUGGGGACUGUGGAGCUUUGGGACUCCAGAGCUCGAGGGAGAGCGGCAGUGCUGUUGCCCCCAACUCAGUCGCAACCAGGUGACGCCAGGUCAGAAGUUACGGCUCUAGAGUUCCAUCGCUCUGGGUUGACGCUGGGAACGGGUUCGUCGAACGGCCUUAUCCACCUGUACGAUCUCCGGUCACCCGUGCCGCUACUCAAGAAAGACCAAGGAUACGGCUACCCCAUUCAUACAUUGAAAUUCCUCACCCCGUCCACUGCCACGCGGGAGCAGACAAUGGAGCCCAAGAUCAUGUCAUCCGAUAAGCGAAUUAUUAAGAUCUGGGAUCCGCGUGAUGGCACUCCUUGGACAUCGGUUGAGCCUACGGUCGAUAUCAACAGCGUGGCUUGGUGCAGGGAUAGCGGAAUGAUUCUGACUGCCAACGAAGGAAGACAACAGCACGCAUUCUUCAUCCCUCAGCUCGGACCGGCUCCAAAAUGGUGUUCCUUCCUGGACAACAUUGUCGAAGAGAUGGCAGAAGAUCCGAACGACCCUCAUGCAUUCUCUACCGGCCAGGCUGGAACGGUUUAUGAUAACUACAAGUUCUUGACUGUUCCUCAAUUACGUACCCUCAACCUGGAUCAUCUGAUUGGACGGACAAAUCUCCUACGGCCUUACAUGCAUGGUUACUUUGUUGCCCAGCGGCUGUAUGAGGAGGCACGCCUCAUCACUAACCCGUAUAUUUGGGAGGAAGAGCGAGCCAAGCGUGUCAAGGAGAAGAUUGACAAGGAGAGAGAAAGUCGCAUCCGAGGCAAGAAGAAGGUUACUGCGAAGGUUAACAAGAAACUUGCCGAGAAGCUCCUUGAGAAGGAGGAACGCCACGAACGUCGCAAGGCCCAACGCGUUCUGGAGAAUGGUGGUGACCAGGAAAUGGCUGAUGCUCCUUCGACUGAGAUAUCCAGCAAGGGUCUGCUCGGUGACAGCCGUUUCGCCAAGCUUUUCGAGGAUGAAGAGUUCGCUGUUGAUGAGACCUCGAGAGAGUUUAAGAUGAUUAACCCAAGCACUGCACCUGAGGCAUCGGAACGUAAGGAGCGCGGUUUGACUGCUGUCGAGCAGGAAGAGAUCGACGAAGUCCCGGGUUCCAGUAGCGAUGAGGACGAAUCCGAGAGGGAGGAAGAACGACCUGCAAAGGACAAGUCCUCCGGCCGGAUUUCUAACCCGUCCUACAAGCGCACCAAUCGACCACCACCUCGCAUGGAGGUCAGCUCAUCAACAAAGACCGGCCAAGCUCGCGACCGGUCCUUCGAGUCUCGUAUUCAAAAAGUUCGCUCCAAGGACAGGCCAACACGGACUGGUGGUGCUGUUGGUGAAAAGGAGGUUACAUUUGCACCGCAGCCCAAGUCGAAGUCUAAGCCUGUACGCUACGACUCCGAGAGCAACAAUUUCAGAUCGAAGGAACGACGAAGCGCCUCUGGAAACACCUUCCGACGGAUGUAAGAAGAUGUCUUCUGGUAUCUCUUUAGCAAUUGAACCAUGGCGUAUAAUUGAGACAAGAUAUCAAGGGAAGGUACCUCUUGUCUAGAAAUCGCACCCAUGCGACUUACACGCUGUUGCCGCUUGCGAAGGUCAUGCAGAAGGGACGAG